CGGCCCCGCCCCCGCCGCGCCUGGCCGAGGCGAGCGGAGCCGCGGGCGCUGCGGGCGGACAAGAUGGCGGCGCCGGGCGAGUACUUCAGCGUGGGCAGCCAGGUGUCCUGCCGCACCUGCCAGGAGCAGCGCCUCCAGGGCGAGGUCGUCGCCUUCGACUACCCCAGCAAGAUGCUGGCGCUCAAAUGCCCCUCUUCCAGUGGCAAGCCCAACCACGCAGACAUCCUGCUCGUAAACUUACAGUACGUGUCAGAAGUGGAAAUAAUCAAUGACCGCACGGAAACGCCUCCCCCUUUAGCCUCCCUCAACGUCAGCAAGCUUGCCAACAAAGCACGGACGGAGAAGGAGGAGAAGAUGAGCCAGGCGUAUGCAAUUAGUGCUGGUGUCUCUCUGGAGGGGCAGCAGCUCUUCCAGACCAUCCAUAAGACCAUUAAGGACUGUAAAUGGCAGGAGAAGAACAUAGUUGUGAUGGAAGAAGUCGUCAUUGCCCCUCCAUACCAGGUGGAGAACUGUAAAGGCAAAGAGGGGAGCGCCCUGAGCCACGUACGCAAAAUAGUGAGUGUGGGCUGGGGACACUGGGAGGGUGGCACGUCCUGGGAGGGUGGCACCUGCUGGGGGACAGCCAGGAGUCUCUCCUGGCAUCCCCUUCCCUCUCCAGAUCCCCCUGACACCCUUUUUGAGUCGUGUGUUCAGAAUGGUGAGCAGGGGUUGGGGACGCUGGAAGGACUGGGUGGGUGUCACCUCCCUGGGGACACCUUUCCUUACUUGGCCUUCAGCCACUCCUGGGGCUCCCCAGCCCUUCCUGGCAUUCUCCAGUCCCUCCUGGGGUUCUCCAGCCCCUCCUUUCUUGGCCUCCACCUCCUCCAGCGUUCUCCAGCUCCUCCUGGUGUUCUCCAGCCACUCCUGGGGCUCCCCAGCCCUUCCUGGCAUUCUCCAGUCCCUCCUGGUGUUCUCCAUUCCCUCCUUUCUUGGCCUCCACCUCCUCCAGGGGUUCUCCAGCCCUUCCUGACAGCCCCUUGUGGGGUUCUCCAGCCCCUCUUUCCUUGGCCUCCACCCUCUUCUGAGGCUCCCCAGCCCCUCCAGUCCCUUCUUUCUUGCACUCCAGCGCCUCCUGGGGUUCUCCAGCCCCUCUUUGCUUGGCCUCCAGUUCCUCCAGGGGUUCUCCAACCCUUCCUGGCCUUCUCCAGUCCCUCCUGUGGUUCUCCAGCCCCUCUUUCCUUGGCCUCCAGCCUCUUCUGAGGCUUCCCAGCCCCUUCUGGUGUUCUCCAGUCCCUUCUUUCUUGCACUCUCGCCCCUCCAGGGGUUCUCCAGCCCCUCCAGGGGUUCCCCAGCCCCUCCUUGUUUGGCCUCCAGCCCCUCCUGGGCUUCUCCACCUCCUCCAGGGGUUCUCCAGCUCCUCCUGGGGUUCUCCAGCCCUUCCUGGCCUUCUCCAGUCCCUCCGGUGGUUCUCCAGCCCCUCUUUGCUUGGCCACCAGCCCCUCCAGGGGUUCUCCAGUCCCUCCUUUCUUGCACUCCAUCCCCUCCUGGAGUUCUCCAGCCCCUCCUUUCUUGCACUCCAUCCCCUCCUGUGGCUCCCCAGCCCCCGCUGGGCACCGUCCCUUCCCUGAACCCCUCGGUGCC